UAUUGGUGGUGCUGCUUUGUCAAUCCCAGCAGAGGACGAGCCUCUUUUUUCGUAGCAACGGAUGCGUCUCGGCAACAGCCAGCCAGGGGAACUGCAGUUUGUUUGGGGGGCUUCGGAGAGAGGAGAGUCAAACUACCAUCUCCAGCUCCCGAAGAAACUUUUCUCCAGGGUUUUGCAAAGAGGCUUCUUUUCCCUUCGGUUUAGCAGCAUCAGCCUAAGUCAGAGCCAUGGCUCCCAAACCUCAAAAACGAAAGAUCUCAAAAAGAGGCAAAAAUAAAAUAACGUUACCUGUUAGUGAAGAAGCAGAACCUAUAAAUAUGGAGAGCAUGGGUCAUCCGGAAAUUUAUCCUUUGGUGUUAACUACCAAGACCCAGGAAAUAUUUAACUGCCGAGUAGAUGAAGAUAUCACGGAUGAACAACCUUACAAACUUAUCAGAAAAGAAGAUAUUUUUGCAGACUUCGUAAACAGAGCUGCAGUAUCUGAUUUCUACCCAGUCAAAAAAAUUAUUCAGGAAUAUCCUGGAGAUGAGCUUCUGCUUGUUUAUGACAAAGACUUCAGAUAUGGACUUAACUUUUAUCUUAUUGGAACUGAAGAGGGCAAGGAAAACUAUUUAAAUCCCCUAGAGGUACCAGAAGAACAGGAGGAAUAUAAAGAGCAUAUUCCUGAGGAUCUGUAUGUUUAUAAGCCUCCUGUCUCCAAGCCAUGGGUCUCUUUGGGUAGUGAAAAAGAAAUUGACGAAGAAACGGUUAAAGAAUCUACAAAACAGAUUACAUAUAUGAUUUCUCGAAAACGAAGUGAAUUUGGUGCCCCUAUUAAGUUCAGUGACCAGAAUGCUUCCAGUGUAAAAGAUGCCUAUAUUGAAUGUACAGCCUACCCAGAUAAAAAUUUUACUCUUAAGCAACUUGAGAGAGAUGUUGGCAUGCAAGUCGUCCCCCAAAUCAAGGACAUAAGUACUCAGACAAGAUGGACAUAUCCCCAAAAUGCCACGACACAAUAUCAUCCAAGAGAAUUUUCAGAAGAGGAAAAAAAGACACUGGAACAAUCAAAAACUUUGACUGAUUUUCUUAACAAUGUGUCUAUGAGUGUUGAAAUAGCCCUGCAGCAAAAUGAAAUCAUGAAUGUAUUUAUUGAUGACUGGAAACGCCUGGCAGAAGAAGAAGGCACCUUUGGGGACAAGACUGAUACCCACCUGAAAGAGUACCAGUCCUUUACUGACCUUCAUAGCCCCACGGAGAAGAUGAUCACCUGCGUCUCCUGGCAUCCAGUUAUCUUUGGGCUAAUAGCUGUAUCGGUGGCUGUACGACUCUCCUUUGAAGAGAGAGUCCAUUUUUCUGGUAAAUUAUUGCUGCAGCCAUCACUGAUUCUUUUCUGGAGCUUCUCCGAUCCCAUACAUCCUCAGUUAAUGCUGGAGAGCCCAGAUGACAUCUUCUGCUUCGAGUUCUGUCCAAGUGACCCUAAUAUCAUUGCUGGAGGCUGCAUAAAUGGGCAGAUUGUCAUGUGGGACAUCACCACACACGCGGAUCGAAUAGAAAACAUCAAGGUGGGUGGGAGCAGAAGUAAAAAAGUCACCCUCAAGCCAUUGUUUCUACUUGAACCAGAGAGUAAUAAAGAAGUAAUGUAUAUCAGACACUGUGCUGUCUCCUCAAUAGAAAACGGACAUAGGAAAGUCAUUACCGAUAUACACUGGCUGUCUGACACGUUUGAGAUUAACAGACUUGGUUCUGUCUUUGAAAAUCGAAGUGGAAUAUCCUGUCAACUUGCCACUUGUUCCGCAGACUGCACAAUAUGUUUUUGGGAUAUCAGACCACAGAAAGCUUUAACUCCCCAACCAACAGAGAAAAAGAAAGAAGAAAGUAUUGAAAUUCCUUUUGAUGUACCAUCCACUUUUUUGCAUCUAGAUCUCUCCUGGAAACCUUUCUCUAAAAUAAGACUGUCUAAAGGUGAAACAACUUUGGACCACUGCCCGACCAAGAUAAGCCUGAGUGAUGACACCCUCCUUUACAAAGAACAAGACAAAGCCGCAGCCCAGGACAAAGCAGUGAAGGCGGGAGAAGCGAGGCCGUAUCAGAAUCUGGAAGAGGGGUUGGCCAAUCAUCUCGAGCCAAUAGAUGACUUCUGCACAAAGUUCUUCGUGGGGACAGAGGAAGGUGAAGUGAUAUACACAGAUUGGAAAAUGGAAAGAGACCCUGAAACUGGCCGAUUCAUGACAAAGAAGCCAGUGAGCCUCUACACGGUCCACGACGGGGCUGUGCACACUGUUCAGAGAUCACCUUUUUACCACGACAUCAUCCUCACCGUUGGGGGAUGGAACGUGGCCAUCUGGAAAGAAGGUGUUAUGACUGGACCCCUCCUUCAGUCAUGCUGUGCACCAAAAAGGUACACCUCAGGGCACUGGUCCCUGACAAGGCCUGGAGUCUUCUAUAUUGGCAGGGAAGAUGGAUACCUUGAUAUCUGGGACCUUCUGGAGAAAACCCACGAACCAGCCCAGUCGCAAAACAUCUGCAUAACCAUGAUCACCUGCGUCAAACCCUGGACCUUUUCUGCUAAGCAGCAGUUUAUAGCCAUAGCCGAUUAUUUUGGAACACUACAUAUACUGGAAAUUCCUUGGACGUUAAGUCACCCUUCCACCAAUGAGGUAUCAAGUAUACAUUACUACUUUGAAAGGGAAGUCAAGCACCUGGAGUAUGUAGAGCAGCGCAAAAAAAUUCGUGAACAGGAAAAGAAAGACAUGAAGCUGGAAAUAGAGAAGAAAAAAGUUAAAAUGCAUCAGAAGUCAAAAGAACAAAUGGAGGCUGAACUGAAAAUGGAAUACGAGAGUUAUUUGGAACUGGAAAGGAACGUCCUCGUCAAUCUUGGCCUCAUCAAAGUGAAAGAGACGAUGUCAUACGUGGAAAUGGUAUAAAAAAGCUUCCCGUAGGGGUGUUGUGGGGGCUUCGUGGGACUGUCCUUUCAUUCAUUAUUUUUUAUGUAAGAUGAACUAGCAAACUAAACAUUAAAAAGGUUUACAUAUGAAUAUUAAGCUUUUAUUUCACUGCUAUUAAAA